AUGUCUGGCUUUGAGGGAGUUAUUGUUUCUGAUACAUGGCUGCAGAGCCAAUUCACUCAAGUCGAGCUUCGGACCCUGAAAUCAAGAUAUCUUUCAAUAAGGAAUCAGUCUGGUCGCGUCAUUGUGGGAGAUUUGCCGCCGGUUUUUGCAAAACUGAAGGCUUUCACCGAAAUGUUCACCGAAGAUGAGGUUAAAGGUAUCUUAUUGGAGUCGAACAAGGACAGUGGAGAAGAAAUUGAUUUUGAGUCCUAUCUUCGGGCAUAUUUGAAUUUGCAAGCCCGUGCAACAGCAAAAUCUGGUGGUUCGAAAUCUUCAUUUCUCAAGGCAACCACAACAACUGUUCACCACGCGAUUAAUGAAUCUGAGAAGUCUUCUUAUGUUGCCCACAUUAACAGCUACCUGGCAGAAGAUUCAUUCUUGAAGAAGUUUCUUCCAUUAGAUCCAUCUACAAAUUCUUUAUUUGAUCUGGCAAAAGGUGGAGUACUACUUUGUAAGCUUAUCAAUGUAGCUGUUCCCGGGACUAUAGAUGAGCGAGCUAUCAAUACUAAAACUUCUCUUAAUCCAUGGGAGAGGAAUGAGAACCAUACCCUUUGUCUUAAUUCUGCAAAGGCUAUUGGCUGCACUGUAGUUAACAUUGGCACACAGGAUUUGGUUGAAGCUAGACCCUAUCUAGUACUUGGCUUGAUUUCUCAAAUAAUCAAGAUUCAACUGUUGGCUGAUCUCAAUCUGAAGAAAACUCCACAACUUGUGGAGUUGGUGGACGACAGCAAGGAUGUGGAGGAGCUCUUGGGUCUACCACCUGAGAAGGUUCUACUGAAAUGGAUGAAUUUUCAUUUGAAGAAAGCUGGCUAUGAAAAACAAGUUACAAACUUCUCUUCUGAUGUGAAGGAUGGAGAGGCUUAUGCUUACCUGCUUAAUGCUCUUGCACCAGAGCACUCAGGCCCUGCCGCCUUGGAUAAGAAGGAUCCUACAGAAAGAGCAAACCUUGUUCUUGAGCAAGCAGAGAAAUUGGAUUGCAAAAGAUACCUCACUCCUAAAGACAUUGUUGAGGGCUCACCAAAUCUUAAUCUUGCGUUUGUUGCACAAAUUUUCCAUCACAGAAAUGGCUUGACUACUGACAGUAAAAAAAUGUCCUUUGCUGAGAUGAUGACAGAUGAUGCUGAGACUUCUCGGGAAGAGAGAUGCUUCCGACUGUGGAUUAACAGUCUUGGAACUGCUACCUAUGUCAAUAAUCUUUUUGAAGAUGUCAGAAAUGGAUGGGUUCUUUUAGAAGUUCUUGACAAAAUUUCUUCAGGAGCAGUCAACUGGAAAAAGGCAACAAAGCCGCCGAUAAAAAUGCCAUUUAGAAAAGUUGAGAAUUGCAACCAAGUUAUUGAGAUUGGGAAGGAAUUAAAUUUCUCCCUUGUGAAUGUAGCAGGGAAUGAUAUUGUGCAAGGAAAUAAGAAGCUCAUACUGGCAUAUUUAUGGCAGUUGAUGAGGUUUAGUAUGCUUCAACUCUUGAAAAACUUGAGAUUACACUCCCAAGGUAAAGCAGGAAAAGAGAUUACUGAUGCUGACAUUCUAAAUUGGGCAAACAAAAAAGUUAAGAAGGCAGGUAGAACCUCCCAAAUGGACAGUUUCAAGGAUAGAAACCUUUCAAGUGGAGUUUUCUUCCUCGAGCUUCUUAGUGCUGUGGAGCCAAGGGUGGUUAAUUGGAGUCUUGCCACAAAGGGGGAAACUGAGGAAGAUAAGAAAUUGAAUGCAACAUAUAUAAUCAGUGUCGCCCGAAAGCUUGGUUGCUCCAUUUUCUUGUUACCAGAGGACAUUAUUGAGGUAAACCAGAAGAUGAUGCUUACUUUGACUGCAAGCAUCAUGUACUGGAGUCUGCAGCAACCAGAAGGUGAAUCAGAAUCAAGCCUUAACAGUCCUGAUGGCUCCCCUACAGCUUCCGCUGAUGGUGAAACCGGUUUGGCUAGUGCAGUGUCCAAGUUGUCUAUGGAUGGAGCUGCUUCAGAUAAUGCUACCUCCCCACAGAUAGAGAAUGAGAAUCCCUCAAAGGUCGAAAAUGAGCAAUCUUCUCUAGAAAAUGAAAAAAAUUACCCUUCUGAUGGAAAAUGA